AUGAGAGGUCUUGCCCUGAUCGCUCUCGUCGGAGUCGGCACGUACCUCGCAUGGAAGCACUGCGUCAAGAACAAGAGGGCGUCAUUUGAGCAGGGACAGUGGGAGGACGAUGGAGAGUACGCUGGGCAGCGCGAGAAGGACUUCAACGCCAUGCGGGACGGAAGGGCGUCGACACAAGCCCGCAACUCGAUCGCCUCGACCGUCCUUACCCGCGCCUCCAACAUAAUCCAGAUCGCCUACAUCCCCGGCGUCACGAAUCGGGCAACGCCAACGUCGCCGACGCUGCUGGUGCCACCAGUGCCCCCGAUUCCCAUUGCCGUCUCCUCCCAGGCCGGCACGCCAAACUCCACCGAGGACCAACACUUCUUCGUUCCCGGUGACCUGCGCGACUCGAUGGCCUCUGGCAUGACCGGCUACACAGACCGCACCUCCUUCGCCCGCACAUCUUACGCACCCCGCUCGAGCGUCGCCUCCACCAUCUACGGCAAGGCCGGUGUGGUCGUCACCCCAGCGCAGACGGGCAUGCGUGCCAAGGCUGCCAUGGUGAGCGUCAAGUCGACCGGCAGCGGCUCCUCCGACGGCGGAUCGGUGCCACCCGUGCCCGCCGUAGAUAAGAGCAGGUUUCAGGGCCCCGAGCCCGCCAGCCCGUCAGGCAGCACCUUUAGCAUCGGUUCAACGUUCAUGAACAACGCCAAGAGCGCUACCGCCGUGCGUGCCCAGGUUGUCCGCGUCGGCAGCAACCUGAAGCAGUCGUCCACGCCUGCCAGCGUCAACACCGCCUCGGCGGCAGGCGCAGACAGCACCGACGACGAGCGAGACGACGCCGUCACCGCACGCUCCGGAUUGUCAACACCUAGCACGCUCCCGCCACCGCGGGACGAGCAGCAGAGCCCAUUCCGCGACCCGAGCCCGGCGCCGCCGGCAGCGGCUGAUGGUGGGCGCCCACGCGGUUCUGGUCUGAGCACCGUCGCUGAGUCAAGGGCGUCGCAAGGCCCUCCCCGAGGCGUCAGCCCCUUUAGUGACGCCCACGCCACACAAGAGAGCAGGUGA